CAUAGAAAAACGAUAGGACGGUGAACGGGAGGCGGAAACCGUGGAUUUUUCAUUUUUGGUGAGUCAUGCCGGGCCCUGGUCCGCACCUGAUAUACGCGAUGGGCUCAGGCUUAGCCCUGACCACCAUCACCAACGGCAGGUUUAGCCCACAUCACACACUCAUCUACGCCGUCAACGCCUUCUUCGGCCCCGAUAUCGGCUCUUUCUCAGAGUGGCUUGGCUCCACUUUCCUCCCCGGAUCCACUUUUGGCUCCUCCCUCCCGGACGCCAUCCACCACCCCUUUUACUACGUCCUCAUCUUGGGCCUCCCUCUAUGUGUCUUCUAUUCUUGGGUCUCCAGGGUUUUGCUUAAAAAGGGCUUUCUUAAUUCCGUUUCUGGGGUGGGACUGACGAGAAGGCAAUGCUUGCUGUUGGUGUCUGCGGGUUCUUUGUCACACUUCUUUCUAGAUCACUUAUUCGAGGAAAAUGGACAUUCUACAAUGUAUACUUGGAUAUUGAGCACUGGUUGGUGGAAGGAUCGGGCACCAAUUAACCCAGACUCUGUUAUCGUCGUUGGUCUUCUAUGCACUUGUUUGAUCGGUGGCUUUAUAUACAUCAACAGAACGAAAUCUUCCAAGUCUGUGAAGAAACAGUCAUAUCAAUCAUUUAAACUUAUUAUGAUUAUAGCAAGUCUGUACUCGUUUUGGUGUGCAAGCCAGAUAUAUUGGGUAAGCCCUCGUCGGCCAGCUGUUGGUGAAGAAGCUGAUUUUGGAGUACUUGUAUUUUUGGCCUUCUACUUCUUUCUCCCUCACUCUUUGUGUAUUUUGUCCAUGAAUCCUAGAGAAACAAACAGCGAUCAGCUUCCGCUUUAGGGAUCGGUAGGGCUACUUUCCACUGUAGUUAAUGGGCUGUAAAAAAUUGCUACAGCAUUGUUGAAAAUAGCUUUAUGACCUUCAUUACUAGGUUUUCUUGGAUGCUUGCCGCUCACGGCCUCUUUUGUGCUGCUCUUUGAUUGGAUGUACUUACUAAAUUUGAAGUUCCUGCAUUAACACUGA